UGCUUAUCAUAUAUCCAUAUAUCAAUUAAGGAUAAGAUAUAAUUUGGAAAAAGAGAAAUAUGGAGCAGCAGUCCUUGUAUCUUUGCCAGGAAUGGUCCAGGUUUCAUGCAUCUCAAACUUUUCCUCCAAUAGGAUCACUGAGCAGACUGACAUCGCUGAAAAGCUCCAAAUGGAAAAAGAGGCCCUCCUAGCUGAGCAAAAACAGGUGACUGAAGAAACCAACAACGCUGCCACCUGGUUAAAGAAGGCAAACAAAAAACUGCUGGUCGAGCAGAAACACUUCAACAAGUACCUAAGUGGUCAUCACGUGAACACCCCAAAACCUCACACCGCAGAACCACCACCGAUCACCAGGUGCCCCCAACACCUUGCUGGUGGUGAUGACCUCGAUACAGAUGCCUUUAUUACAAUAUCGCUGGAGGCGCAACUCAUCGCUGAGAGACUAGAAAUUUCCACCAAAGACCAUCAGAUCAUAGAGCUGAAGAAUGAACUAGUCAGGUAG